UGUUAUUAUUUUAAAAUUUCGAGCGGUCAAGAUGCUAGAACAAGGUAUCUGAGCUUAACGUGGUGGCCGACACUACAUUCUUCAUGCAACCCGGUCCUGGGCAAUAGUUUCCAGUUCCUAGUCAUCUUUUUCAUGUCUGCUUCCAAGUCCCGACGUAGUAUGUUCUUCGGCCUUCCUCUUUUCCGUUUCCAUUCGGGAUUGCAAGUUAGGGCUUGCCUCGUGGUACAAUUUGGUGAUUUCCUCAAUUUAUAUCCUAUCCACUUUCAACGUCUCUUCCUAACUUCUUCUUCAGCUGGAAACUCGUUUGUCUCCACCCACAGUAGGCUGUUGCUGAUGGUAUCCGGUCAAUGGAUAUUGAGUAUCUUGCGUAGAAAAUCGUUUAUAAAUACUUGUACCUUUUUGAUUAUGGUUGCAGUAGUUAUCCACGUUUCAGCUCAGUACAGUGUAACUGUCUUGACGUUCGUAUUGGAGAUUCUGAUUUUGGUAUUAGUUGACAGUUGUUUUAAGUUCCAUAUGUUUAUCAAUUGUAUGGAUGCAGCUCUUGCUUUGCCAUUCCUUGCAUUUACUUCUGCAUCAGAUCUUCCUUGUUCAUCAAUGAUGCUUUCCAGGUACGUGGAAGAUUCCAGCUCUUCCAGAGCUUCUCCAUCAAGAGUGAUUGGAUUGCUGUUCUCCGUGUUGUAUUUGACAAUAUUGCUUUUUCCUUUGUGUAUGUUGAGGCCUACUGAUACAGUAGCUGCUGCUACAUUGUUUGUCUUGACCUGAAUUUGCCCGUGUGUAUGAGAUUGAAGAGCUAGGUCAUUUUCGAAGUCCAGAUCGUCCAAUUGCGUCCAACAUGUCCAUUUUAUUUCAUGCUUCCACUCAGACAUCGAAGUCUUCAUAAUCCAGUCAACCACCGGAAGAAAGAGAAAGUAGGAGAGUAGGCAGCCUUGUCUGACUCCGGUCCUUGCUUGGAAUGCGUCUGUCGGCUGUCCUCCAUGCACGAAUUUUCAGUGUAGUCCGUUGUGGUGUCGAAGAAGUUUCCACAAGGUCCUCCUAUCUACACUGUCAAAUGUCUUUUCAUAAUCAAUGAGGUUGAUGUACAAUGAAGAGUUCCAGUUAACUGAUUGUUCAACGAUGAUCCGUAGUGUCGCAAUCCGGUCUGUGCACGACCGAUCCUUACGGAAUGCAGCUUGUUGAUCUCGAAGUUGUGCGUCUGCUGCGUUUUUCAUCCGGUUCAGCAACACUGUUAAAGACUUCUACUGGCAUUCGUAGUAGUAUGAUGCCUUUGUAGUUCUCACAUUUGCUCAGAUCUCCUUUCUUUGGUAUCUUGAUGAGAUAUCCUUCUUUCCAGUUCAUCGGCACUUGUUCUUCCUCCUAAACCUUCCUGAAUAGAACGUGGAGCACGUUUACUGUCACUUGUAUAUCUGACUCUAGUGCUCUGACUGGUAUAUUGUCAGGUCCUACUGCUCUCCCACUCUUUAUUUGUCUGAUGGUCAUCCUGAUUAAUUUCGACCGUUGGUGGAGUGACAUCGAUAGAAAGAUAUGUAGGUGCAGCUUCGAUAUCCGGUGGAUUCAAUGAAGCUGGUCUAUUCAAGAGUUCCUCGAAGUGUCCCAUCCAUCUGUUCCUCUGUCCUUGAAUUUCAGUGAUUGGCUUGCCUUCUUUGUCUUUGAACGGUCUCUGUGGUUUGCUAUAUUUCCCAGACCAAAACAUGGCACAAGUCCAUGAAGUCACUGACAAAGGAACAGAUGGAUGGGACACUUCGAGGAACUCUUGAAUAGACCAGCUUCAUUGAAUCCACCGGAUAUCGAAGCUGCACCUACAUAUCUUUCUAUCGAUGUCACUCCACCAACGGUCGAAAUUAAUCAGGAUGACCAUCAGACAAAUAAAGAGUGGGAGAGCAGUAGGACCUGACAAUAUACCAGUCAGAGCACUAGAGUCAGAUAUACAAGUGACAGUAAACGUGCUCCACGUUCUAUUCAGGAAGGUUUAGGAGGAAGAACAAGUGCCGAUGAACUGGAAAGAAGGAUAUCUCAUCAAGAUACCAAAGAAAGGAGAUCUGAGCAAAUGUGAGAACUACAAAGGCAUCAUACUACUACGAAUGCCAGUAGAAGUCUUUAACAGUGUUGCUGAACCGGAUGAAAAACGCAGCAGACGCACAACUUCGAGAUCAACAAGCUGCAUUCCGUAAGGAUCGGUCGUGCACAGACCGGAUUGCGACACUACGGAUCAUCGUUGAACAAUCAGUUAAGUGGAACUCUUCAUUGUACAUCAACCUCAUUGAUUAUGAAAAGACAUUUGACAGUGUAGAUAGGAGGACCUUGUGGAAACUUCUUCGACACCACAACGGACUACACUGAAAAUUCGUGCAUGGAGGACAGCCGACAGACGCAUUCCAAGCAAGGACCGGAGUCAGACAAGGCUGCCUACUCUCCUACUUUCUCUUUCUUCCGGUGGUUGACUGGAUUAUGAAGACUUCGAUGUCUGAGUGGAAGCAUGAAAUAAAAUGGACAUGUUGGACGCAAUUGGACGAUCUGGACUUCGAAAAUGACCUAGCUCUUCAAUCUCAUACACACGGGCAAAUUCAGGUCAAGACAAACAAUGUAGCAGCAGCUACUGUAUCAGUAGGCCUCAACAUACACAAAGGAAAAAGCAAUAUUGUCAAAUACAACACGGAGAACAGCAAUCCAAUCACUCUUGAUGGAGAAGCUCUGGAAGAGCUGGAAUCUUCCACGUACCUGGAAAGCAUCAUUGAUGAACAAGGAAGAUCUGAUGCAGAAGUAAAUGCAAGGAAUGGCAAAGCAAGAGCUGCAUCCAUACAAUUGAUAAACAUAUGGAACUUAAAACAACUGUCAACUAAUACCAAAAUCAGAAUCUCCAAUACGAACGUCAAGACAGUUACACUGUACUGAGCUGAAACGUGGAUAACUACUGCAACCAUAAUCAAAAAGGUACAAGUAUUUAUAAACGAUUUUCUACGCAAGAUACUCAAUAUCCAUUGACCGGAUACCAUCAGCAACAGCCUACUGUGGGUGGAGACAAACGAGUUUCCAGCUGAAGAAGAAGUUAGGAAGAGACGUUGAAAGUGGAUAGGAUAUAAAUUGAGGAAAUCACCAAAUUGUACCACGAGGCAAGCCCUAACUUGCAAUCCCGAAUGGAAACGGAAAAGAGGAAGGCCGAAGAACAUACUACGUCGGGACUUGGAAGCAGACAUGAAAAAGAUGACUAGGAACUGGAAACUAUUGCCCGGGACAGGGUUGGAUUAAAAAUGCUGGUGAGCGGCUUAUGCUCCUUCACGAGGAAUAACAGGCGUGAGUAUGUACGUAAUUAAGUAAGUUAAGAAGUAAAUAUAUAUAUAUAUAUACCGAUUUGUGAUAGACCACACUGUAGAAAUAUGAAUGCAGCCAUUUGUAACGAGCGAGAUGCCAGAUGGGUUAUUGUGGACGAGGAGUGAUUUAUACACGAUGACCUAUAUGAGCGAUAACUGGUCAAGGAAGUGUAUUCAUACCAGAAGAGUGACAACAUUA